AGUGAUUAUUUGGUUCCAUGUUGUUUAUGUUAUGAUUGAAUUUGGCAUAAACUAAGUGCACAGUUUGGUGUUUGGUUUAGUUGUUUAAUGAAUGUUUGAGCAAUAUGACGAAUAAAAGUUCACCGGACAGCGAUCUUUACGGCACGAAUUUCUCAACGGAAUCAAUAAAAGUAAUCGCGGAGAGCAUUGGCAUCCAAUCGCUGCAAGACGAUGCGGCCAAAGAGUUGGCCGAUGAUAUAUCAUUCAAAUUAAAACAUCUCAUCCAAGAUGCAGCCAAAUUCAUGCAUAGGGCCAAACGUAUAAAACUCCUUCACAGCGACAUCGACAGCGCACUCAAAGUGAAAAACCUAGAACCUCAAUAUGGUUUCCACUGUGCAGAGAAUCUACCAUUCAGAUUUGCUUCUGGUGGUGGCAGGGAAUUGCAUUUCAUUGAAGACAAAGAAGUGGAUUUGAACGAUGUUAUACAGAAUGUAAAUACAAAAGCUCCAUUGGAAGUUACACUCAGAUCUCAUUGGUUAUGUAUUGAUGGUGUUCAACCAGCAAUCCCUGAAAAUCCACCACCACUUGCUAAAGAGGCACAGAAGAUUGAAUCCAUUGAUCCAGUCAAUAAGAUUUCCAAACCUAAUAAAGAUUCAGCAAACAAACCAAGUGCUAGGAAGCAAAAAUUGAAGAACACAGAGACUGUCCAGAUUAAACAAUUGGCUACACACGAGUUGUCAGUUGAGCAACAAUUGUAUUAUAAAGAAAUUACUGAAGCUUGUGUUGGUUCAGAUGAAACAAGAAGAAUGGAAGCGCUGCAAAGUAUGGCUUCUGAUCCAGGUUUACAUGAGAUGCUUCCAAGGAUGUGCACUUUUAUAAUUGAAGGUGUUCGCGUUAACGUCGUACAAAAUAACUUGGCGUUAUUGAUUUAUCUUAUGAGAAUGGUCAAGGCUUUACUUGAUAAUCAAUCGCUCUAUUUGGAGAAAUAUUUGCACGAGUUAAUUCCUGCGGUAACGACAUGCAUAGUAUCUAGGCAGUUGUGCGUGCGACCGGAAUUGGAUAAUCAUUGGGCUCUGCGAGAUUUCGCAUCCAGGUUGAUGUCGCAGAUUUGCAAGAACUUUAAUACUUCGACUAACAAUAUCCAAACUCGGAUAACGCGAAUGUUCAGCAGCGCUCUGCAGCAAGACGACACGUUACCAUUAUCCUCUUUGUAUGGAGCUUUGGUGGGUCUUAUUGAAUUAGGCGCGGAGGUUAUAAAAACUUUUAUAUUGCCUCGCGUCACAACCAUUGGCGAAAGAAUCGAAGUUCAUUUGGAAGGACCGCAGGUAUCGAAUAUAGAUAAGAUUGCAUCUGGGCAUAUCAAGCAGUUGCUUUUGAAAGUUCUUGCACCGAUCGUGAAGAACAUCAUCGAUCCUCCAGAUCACAUAGAGACGUAUCAGCUCAAUUACGGAUAUCUCGGUGGUGCUCUUCAGGCGGCCGUCUUGAAGGCCCGAGCGCAGCCCGUGAUGGCGACUACGACUUACUCGAACGUCGUGUGCUCUCCGAACAUCAUGCAACAGAGUUUCAUAAAUACGAAUAGGGCUAUCGUGAUGAAUCAAGGUAAUAGGGUGACAACGCCGACAGGCAACCAAAAAAUAGUAUUUGUAACUCAGCGACCGCAAGGCGGGGGGCAACAGCAGCAGUUUUCGCAGCAGCCAGCGCAGAACUCGCCGAAUACGGUGGUCAAAUUUGUCUCGAACGCGGCGACUGCCAGUACCCAGAAGAUCGUCACAACACAGCAAAAGUUAGUGGUAGUCGGUAUACCUGGUAGUUCAGCAAGUAGUAGUGUAGUUAGUACACCCUCAGUUGUAGCCAAUAAGAGCGUCAAUUUGGUCCCGAAGGCUUCCGAAGAGGGACAAGCUCCGCCCGACGAUGAUAUCAUAUCGCACGAUUGAUUUAUACAAUUUUAAAUGUAGACAUAGUAUUUUUUUUCGUUGUUAUUUCUCCUUUUUAUACAUAUAACGUAAUAUUAAGAUCUCAUAUAGAGUUAUUAAUUUUGUUUUAUUUCUAUAACAUAUUUAGUGCAAUAGUCUAGAAUUCCGAGUAGGCAACACGUUUCUGUUCAUUAUUUUUGAUCUAUUGAAUUUGUUAUUUAUUUUUAUAGGUUCGAUGUUUUUAUUUACGUAGCAUUUGUUUUGUAAGAUAUUUGAGUAAUACUACAAUACUUUUCAUCUCUACGUGACAGUGUACUUAUCUAUUUUAUUUCUAGGUUUCUCCACCAAUAGAUAGUGCAUUGUUUCCCUAGAUUCCAAAUAAAAAAAACACUAAAUUUCAUAUAAAAAA